AUGGGCACGAACCCCAGCUCUCACCGGUCGCCCGAAAAUUUUGGACCGCCACCACCGAUAACGACGAAGACCACGAGCUCCGACACCAUCUGCAUGACGUCAGCAUCCGACCACGGCGGCGCCGGCGCCACGUCAGCAUCCGUCAGGAAGCGGUCGAGGGCGUCGAGUGCAAGAAGAGCCAAACCGACGACUAUACUCACCGCAAACCCUAGCAAUUUCCGAGCCCUAGUUCAGCAUUUCACCGGCCGUGAUUCCGACGAGAUCUCCAUCCGGAGAAGAGGUCCGAUGACGUUGGAUUUCGGGUCAUCGGCUUAUUCCUCCGGCGUCGGGGUUAAUUACGGUUAUGCCCUCGAUCAAGCUCAACCGCAUAGACAGGAAGACCAAACCGGACGUACGGAACGUUGUCAUAGAGAAACGACACCGUAUCAGACUGGUGGAGGGAGUUCUUCAAAUUUGCAUGGUGGGUAUGAUCAUGAUCAUGAUCAUUAUCUUGAUCAUCAUGAUGUGCUAUCGGAACAGUAUAACUCCGGGGGUAGUAAUCAUGGUAUGGAUCACAUGGGUUACGAUAAUCAUAAUCACGAGCAUCACGAUGUUAUGAUGUUGGAAGAGCUUAUGAUGAUGGAUGAUCUAGAUGUGCAAAAAAAAACUUAA